AAAUUAUUCAUGUUACAUAGAACAUUCGUAUUAAAAAUUUAUAACCAUGAAUGCGUUUAAUUCAGAAAAUACUAUAUUAGAAACUCUGCAAGCAGCUUGCAGUCAAGAUGCUAACAUAUUAAAACCGGCAGAAAUGAUUUUAAAUCAGUGGGAAAUUCAACCAGGAUUUUACAGCGUAUUAUUAAAAAUAUUUGCCAAUCAAACAAUUAAUUUUAAUAUUAGAUGGCUAGCUGCACUUUAUUUCAAGAAUGGCAUUGAUAAAUAUUGGCGAAAAAACGCUCCGAAUUGUAUUGCCGAAGAUGAAAAAUUGGGUAUACGAAAUGCAAUUAUUAGUUCAUUUAAUGAACCUGUCAGUCAAAUUGCUGUUCAACUUGCCGUGAUCAUAGCAAAAAUAGCAAGAUUUGAUUGUCCUCGAGAAUGGCCAGAAUUAAUGCCUACACUAAUGCAAGCUCUUAAAAAUGAUGAUUCAUUGCAACAGCACAGAGCGCUUUUAUCAACACAUCAUGUUAUAAAAUCUCUUUCAUCAAAGAGAUUAACUGGGGAUAAACGACUUUUUCAGGAGCUUACUGAAAAUAUAUUUCCAUUUAUACUUAGCAUUUCUAAUGAAAAAACAGAAUUGUAUUUAAAUUUAGUGAGCAGUAAUGGAUCGAAAGAAUUAAUUCAUGAAAAUUUAGAAAAAGCAUUAUUGACAUUGAGAAUUUUGAGAAAACUGAGUGUAUUUGGUAUUAAAAAACCACAUGAAUCAGAAGUAUGUAUGCUGUUUCUCAAAAAUUUAUUUUUAAAAUCUAAAAUGAUGCUUGAUUCAAGAGCUUACUUAAAGAUGAUUGAUUCCAAUUUAGUGGAAUUAUGCGAAAAAUAUAUAACACAUUUGACUAAAAUCCUAUUAGACAUAUUACAACAUCAUCCAUUCUCGUUCAUUGACUUUAUUCAGCCUGCAUUAGAAUUCUGUAUUUUUUAUGCAUUCACUCCUGAUGGAAUAACACAGGUGUAUGAACGUUUUAUAAUACAAUGUUUAAACAUCAUUAAAGGGAUAGUAAUGUGUAUCGAAUACAAGCAUAGCAAAAGUAAAAUACCAGAUUUUCUAGAGAACAAAGCUGCUGAAAUAAAAGAGAAAUUUUUUACACCCAGUGUUUUGACAGAAAUUUGCAACAAGCUGGUCACACAUUAUUUUCUAUUGACGUCAGAGGAUUUGGCAGUUUGGGAUAGUGAUCCUGAAUCAUUUUCUAUUGAUGAGAUAGGAGAGUCAUGGAAAUAUAAUCUUAGAUCUUGCACAGAAACUUUAUUUACUGCUUUGAUUCAUGAAUAUAAAGAAUUAGCACCAAUAAUAAUGAAUCUUAUUCAAAGUGUGUCUACUAUAGUUCCAUCAAAUGAUUUGGCUGGAAUUUUGAAAAAAGAUGCUGUUUAUAAUGCUGUGGGCUUGUCAGCAUUUUUCUUAUUUGAUCAGGUUGAUUUUGAUAGUUGGUUUGUAAAUAUUCUUGCGAUUGAAAUUCAAAACAAAGAUAAUAAUUAUAGAAUUGUGAGAAGAGCUGCUAUAAAGUUAAUAGGACAGUGGACUGGUGUUAAAUUUUCAUAUGAUUUGAGACCUAAUUUAUAUUCUGUAAUUAUAACAUUGUUAACACCUUCAGAGGAUAUGGCAGUAAAAUUAGCUGCUGCAAAUACCUUAAAGCAAGCUGUAGAUGAUUUCGAAUUCAAUUCACAGCAAUUUUUACCUUAUCUGGAAUCUAUUUUUGGAUCGUUAUUCCAAUUACUUAAAGAAGCAAAUGAAUGUGAUACUAAGAUGCAAGUUCUCCAUGUAUUAUCAUUUGUUAUAGAGCGAGUUGAAUUAAAUAUAAGGCCUUAUGCAGAUUCUUUAAUUCAAUAUUUACCAAUGCUUUGGGAGGAAUCAUCACAUCAUAAUAUGCUUCGAUGUGCCAUUGUAUCUACACUGGUUCGGAUCAUAAAAGCUUUUACGGCUGUACCCCAAAAUUUGUAUGGAUUUGUGGUGCCAGUUAUAAUGUUAAGUACUGAUUUAAGUCAAGAAAGUCAUAUUUAUUUAAUAGAAGAUGGUCUUGAUUUAUGGUUAACCGUUUUGGAAAACUCUAUUGAUAUGACACCUGGUAUUUUUGAACUAUGUGAGAGAUUGCAGGCUAUUUUGGAAUCAAGCUCUGAAACAAUGAGAAUGACAAUAUUUAUAAUUCAAGCAUAUGUUGUUUUGGCUCCUGAAAUGUUUCUACAGUGUUAUGGGAAUAGUGUAAUGAAUACCUUGGCUUUGCUGAUUUCUGAUUUGAGGACAGAAGGCAUAAUAAUUAUUAUGCGACUGCUAGAUUUAUGCUUACAAACAAUUAAUCAAAAUGCAAUUGCAUAUAUAACCCCUUUGUUGCCUUUUAUAAUUGAGGGAAUUUGCACUAAUGAUUCAACUCCACAAGUUAUAUCUUUAUAUUUAGCAAUAAUAUCUCGAAUAUUACUAUUACAACCAGAAAGCAUAAGUGAAGUUUUAUCAACCAUGAUCAACAGUAAUAGUUCAUCAUUAUAUGGAAAAAAUCAACAAACUGCAUUAGGAUUAAUUUUAGAUACUUGGUUGGAAUGCAUGUCAAGUGUUACACAACCAGAAAGAAGAAAACUCUUAUCACUAGCACUUUCAUCUUUAAUAACAGCACAAAGUGACAUAAUUCUUGAUCGAAUAUGUGGAAUUUUAAUGCAUAUCUCAGAAACGCUGAAUGAUAUUAUGAAAGAAGAUGAAGAUGGCACUAAUUUCGAUUCUCUUAUAAUUACACCUAAUUCAAGCCCCGCAGUUUAUGAUGAUGGGGAAUAUGAAACUGAACAUGAUAGACGAAGGAAGAGAUUAUCACAUAAAGAUUCAGUUCAUACAGUAGUUCUCAAAGAUUAUUUGCAAACCCAGAUUACUACUCUUCAAACUCAAGUCGGAUUGGUUAGUUACCAAACAAUUUUAGACAAUGUUGAUAAUUGCGCCACAGCCGCUUUGCUGGCACUCCUAGAUGUUUAA